CCGCCCACCUCCGCAGACAGACGCCUCUCCUCUGUUUACCUCCCAGCCGCGCGCUGCUCCACAGUGGCCGGCUGGACGCGCAGCGCCUUCCCGCAGCCUCGCCUUGCUUUGCCCGCUCCGGGUGCGAAAAUCGCCCUCGCGUGGAUCCUCGCCGCGGCAGCAGAAAAGAUGAAUAAGGACGUGAUGUCCCGCGUGGAGAAGAAGAGGUUGGCCGAUCCCAAGGUGGUCCAGUACGUGUGGGCCGCCAUCGAGGUCGUUCGCAACCAGAAGCAAAUCGCCAACAUGGACCGCAUUUCCAAGUACCUGAGCCGAGUUUACGGCAUGCACCCGAAGGAGACAGCCCGCCAGCUGAGCCUGGCCGUCAAGGAUGGCCUGGUGGUGGAGACGCUGACGGUGGGCUGCAAAGGCUCCAAGGCGGGCAUCGAGCAGGAGGGCUACUGGUUGCCCGGAGACGAAAUGGAGCCUCAAGCGGAGGGAAGCAAGGAGUGGGAGGCCGAGAGCCACGACUGGUACUGCUUCCAGUGCCACCUGCCAGGCGACGUGCUGUCCUGCGACGACUGUUUCCGCGUCUUCCAUCUCAAAUGUCUGUCGGAGGACGGACGGACCCGCGACGCCACCGCCGCCGUCGGGCCCCACUGGCAGUGCGUCUUCUGCAGGGGGAGUAAGAAGAAGAACCUCAGCAAACAGGAGAUGUGCAAAUAUCUGCGCUUCAUUGUCCAGCGCAUGAAGGAGAGGGCAGUGGACCUGAACAAGAAAGGCAAAGACACCAAGCAUCCCAUGUACAGACGCCUCAUCCACACCGCGCUGGACGUCACCGACAUCCAGGAGAAUCUGACGGAGGGCAAGUACAAGAACUUUGAGGAGUUCAAAGCCGACGCCCAGCUGAUUGUUCACAACACGGCCAUCUUGUAUGGAGUGCACAGCGACCAGGCGGAGAUGGCCCGUCUCCUCUUUAGCGACACCUGCCACGAGCUCAAUGAGUUACUGCUGUGCAAGAACUGUUUCUACCUGUCCAACGCCCGGCCCGACAACUGGUUCUGUUACCCCUGCACUCCGACUCAUGACCUGGUGUGGGCCAAGAUGAAAGGUUUUGGCUACUGGCCGGCCAAAGUGCUGCAGAGAGAAGACAACCAGGUGGACGUGCGCUUCUUCGGCCACCAGCACCAAAGGGCGUGGAUUCCCUCGGACAACAUCCAGGACAUCAAGGUCAGCGUGCAGCAGCUGCAGAUCAAGCGCAGCAGCGGCUGGAAGAAAGCCUGCGACGAGCUGGAGGUCUACCAGCGCUUCCUCAAAGAGGGGCGAUUCUGGAAAAGCAAGCUGGAGGAAGGCGGCGGCAGUGGCGGCAGCAGUGGCGGCGGCAGUGGCGGCCAGAGUCCGAGCUCGAGGAAGUCACCCAAAGACGGCGGCCAGCGGAUGGACAGGACGGCGAGGACGGCCAAGAUGGAAAAAGCGCCCACGGACACGUUGGACAGGAUGCGUGACUGCAAGCGCCCGGAGAGGAGCGAUGAAGCCGAGUCCAGCAUCUCGUCCACCAGCAACGAGCAGGUCCGUCAGAUGAAAGGCGGCCAGGAGCCCAAAGCUAAGAAAAGCCGGCGGACGCUGCAGGUGGAGCCCAAAGAAGAAGCCAGUGACCCCGAACCCGAAAUGGAGGCAGUGAGCUCCAGCCAGGAGAUCACGGUGGCGUGUGCACUGCCACCGCCGCCCGAGAAGCAGUCGGUGUCCACACAGACCAAGAAGGCCGGCGGCGGUGGGGGGUCGCCGCGCACGCUCCACCGCGGCACGCAGACCAGCUCGGACGCCGCCGCCUGUCACAACAUGUGUCACGAAAAGUACACCAAGGUCUUCAACGACGUCAAGGAGAAGAUGAGGGCCGACAACAAGCGCGAGACUGAACGACUGGUCCGGGAAGCUCUGGAGAAGCUGCGCGGUGAGAUGGAAGAGGAGAAGCAGGAGGCGGUGAGCGAGGCCCUGGGCGGCGCUCAGGCCGAGCUGGAGCGCAAGUGCAAGCAGGUGAAGGACAAGUGCAAAGAGGAGCUGUUGGACGAGGUCAAGAAGCUGGUGGCGCAGCACAAGCAGCUCGUCUCGCAGACCAAGAAGAAGCAGUGGUGCUACAACUGCGAGGAGGAGGCCAUGUACCACUGCUGCUGGAACACGUCGUACUGCUCCAUCAAAUGCCAGCAGGAGCACUGGCACGCCGACCACAAGCGCACCUGCCGCAGGAAGAGAUGAAAAGCGUCCCGCUCGCCCGCCCGCCCGCCCGCCCGCCCGCUCAGCUCCUCCAUCUCCUUCGUCAUCGUCAGUCAGUCAGUGUCUGCAGCGCGCGCACGUUUUGCCUUCCUUUGAUGUGUUUCAACUUUUUUAACAUUUUAUAUUAUUUAAUGUUCCGUUUUAAUGAUUUUGUCUCUGCGCCGCCCAAUGGUAUUUAAGCGUGCGUGCCAUUUUUUAUAGCGCAGCAAGCGUAAACGCUGUUUUCCUGGAACCAAAAGGCGAGGGGCCGGAAAAAAGGCAAAACGACUCGCCAAUGCCCGACGCGGGCAGGCUUCUUUUGUCCAAUCAAUCUUUUCUACCUAAAAUUGCUCGCUCAUUGCGAGCAGGGUCGUUGCUGACGAAACAAAUCCUCCCUUCUUGCUUUGAAUUCUGCACAUUGCUUGACAACACUAAAUUGAGAGCAAAAUGUCUGGUUUUCAAUUUGAACUACAAAGCAAGUGCAAACGGGGCCGUUUUUAGUCCAAUGAAACCAAGAUUGGAAUCACAAACCAGGCUCGUCGAGGCAGAUGAGCACGUCCAUGCGGUCUGCAGGUGGCGACGUAAGCCUGUUAUUAGCCCCUCCCCCUUUUUGGGGGGAAGAAGGCAAGCUGAACAGAGGGAAAGUCAUGCAACUGUUUUUGUCGUUGUUGUCUUCAUGCAGACCGGCUGCAAUACAGGCCGGGCCAAUACACCACAUGUAUAUAUACUUUACAUGAGCACCUCCUCCUGACUUUGACCUUUCUGUAGCUAUUGGCAAGGCUUCUCAAACUGGGCUAGCAGGAGUUGAAAAAGUCAAGAAUGAGGCCUGAGCCGAAUGAAUCAAAUGACUAAAAUGACGUCUUUAGCAAGUGGACUUUAGGGGGGAUUGAAUAUUUGACAGCUGGACACUUCACAACCCCCGGGCCGCACACGAAAGAAUAAAUAACUUGCAAUUUUUUUACACCUGGGUGACGUGUAUAUAACAUGAAUGUCAUUAUGCUGUAAUGUGAACAAUAUAGGAAUGGACCCAUUUUUGCCUCUUUUAAAGGAGGAGCCUCAUUUGGCCCAUUACAUCGGCCGGUCCACUCACAGCUCAGCUUGCUAACGUCACGUGAAGCCAAUGCCCAAAUUAGGAGCCCCGCUUAGGUGCGGCCGUCACCUCGAGCCCGUCCGGGUGCACGAGGCCAAAUACCAAAAUCCCCCAACCCGCCAGGACGGAUAAAACAGGUUGAUUUUACCGCUUUGUUCAUAUUUUACAAGCGCGGUGUGAAUCAGAAUGUCGUGUUUAGACUGGUGGGGUCGCAUAGAUGGAAAGUUUGAGGCCCCUCGCCACCUUCAUCAUCUUUAUCUAUGUAUCAUUCCAGUGUGCAUAUGCAUGACUUGUUCUUUCUGUUUGUCGUCAACACUUGCGCAAUCUCCUCAAGACUCAUCAUCAUCAUCAAAAACAAAGUUGCUCUCCGCAGAAAAGGUUGCAAAGCCUGUCCGUGACUUCAUGCUCCAAAAUCAAUUUGGGCUUUUUGAUGCUCUAGCUGGCUAGCAAUAUGUAUAUAAAUCUGUUCUACAUGCUAACAUGGAGGAAAUAAAUGUAUCGACAAGUUACACACCA